AUGUUUGCGGACAUGCUCCCACGCAAUAGGCUCCUUACAUUUUCCUGCGACGCCUCCUAUGCUAUAGAUCGCCAAGCCAUAGAGACGCUAUACGCACGACAACGGUACCUCCGUACCUUUCGAACAGAUAAUGGAGAUUUGAAGCGCACGCUCGGGAUGGUCGAUAAGCUCGUCAACAUUACCCAGCUACACAUGGAAGUCUACAGCCCAGAGACCGCAAAGACAGCCAACGCCAUUCUGAACAGUGCUGUGAAGCUGCAGCAUCUCGAGAUCCGAGCCGAUCUGAAGCAGUAUUGUAAAGCUACACAAUUCUUGGUUACCACUGUCCCACCAUGGGGUCACGCACAAGCCAGCAAGGCAAUCAUCAACACGGUCUUCCACCGUGAGGUCGACAAGCCUUGCGACAUCGACAGACUGGGUAAGAAACGCAUCUUACGCUCGCUCCAGAUCUAUGAUCUCUGCUCGGACGAAGCAGCGAAUAGGCUAGUGCGUGAGGUCGACUUCGCACGGCUCGACUCAUCAAGCCUGCUCAAGUGUGAAGGGAUGAUCUCUCUACUGAGGCUGGUGAAGCGGACGGGCUUGCCUGCGCGCAUGAAUCUUACCGAACUCAUUCUGACCCAGCCGACGGAGCCUCCUGGUGUUGCUGAACACAUCGACGAUGCCAUUGACGAUUUCCUCGGUAGUUUCGGUGGUCUACAUACCCUGGUCAUCCAUGGCCCUUCGGAUGAGAACCUUCGUCCGAGCCUGGAGGCACUAGCCGCGCACAGCUCUACACUUCGACUCCUCUAUCUCGGCUGUUGCUGGGUUCUCCCCGAUGACUUCGACGACGAUGACCUCCCAUUCAAGCCCUACUACGAGGUUGGCGAGCUUGGUAGCUUUCUGGCAGAAUGCGCGAACUUAGAACAGCUCGCCUUGGACAUGCCUGAGCCAAUUCUGGAAAUUGAGGAACAGGAGACACAAUGUCAGUGUCGACCAUUUGCUGAAGCGCUAUCGAGGGCCCACUCCUUACGAGCACUCCGCACGCUUACGAUGCCAAACGACGAGGACGUCGAGGAUGGUAUGCCUGACAGCUCUGCCGUGAGAAUUUCUAUCAACGCGAGCUUUAGUAUGUGCGCAAACGCCUACCUGACUUAUCUUGCAAACUUGGGCGCUUUGAGCCUUGUGCACGGUGGCAAGCGCGCGGACAAGAACCAUCAUCACGGAGACAUUCCAAUCACCCCUCGGAUGUAUGGCCGAGGCACGACCACCAAUGCGUACGGCAGGAAGAGCGCCGUUGCAUUGCCCCUUUCGAAGCCGAGUCUGCAGGAGAUCGAGCCUGUGUCGAGCAUUCUCGACAUCGAUCCGUCCGAUUUCAGGAUGAUGCGCCGGGGUAUGAAUAUGUAG